AUGCAGGGCCGUGACAAGCUAUGUGCGAAGUUGACGAGUGCAUUCCUUAGGAAGUGGUGGUUCGUCUUAGCGUCAGCAGUGGUUCUACUGCUACUAGGCAUCAUAUGUGCGAUAUUCUUCGGCACGUGGAUACGGAUGUUCAUAGACCAUGAGCUGAUACUUCGCCCCGGCUCGAUGACAUUCGAGUGGUGGGCGCGACCUCCGGUCCGUCCGUUCGUCCGUGUGUACGUCUAUAACGUGACCAAUGCCGACGAGUUCCUGAACAACGGCUCCAAACCAAUAUUAGACGAACUUGGGCCGUAUGUUUACUCCGAAGAGUGGGAGAAAGUUAACAUAACAGAUAACGAAAACGGAACCCUCUCCUUCCACUACAAAAGGACGUACACAUUCAUGCCAGAACUCAGCUCUGGUCCUGACGACGACUCAGUGGUCGUCCCCAACAUUCCCAUGCUGAGUGCAACAUCUCAGUCAAAGCACGCAGCGCGUUUCCUCCGACUCGCGAUGGCUUCCAUCAUGGACAUACUGAAGAUCAAACCUUUCGUCGAAGUGUCUGUGGGUCAACUCCUGUGGGGUUAUGAAGACCCCCUGCUGAAGUUAGCUAAAGAUGUCGUCCCUAAAGAACAGAAGCUACCAUAUGAAGAAUUUGGGCUGUUCUAUGGUAAAAAUGGUACAUCUCCGGACGUAGUGACGAUGUUCACUGGAGCAUCGGACAUAACCAAGUAUGGUAUUGUACAACGCUACAACCACAAGGAGCGCCUUCCUCACUGGACCACGGACGAGUGUAACAGCAUCGCAGGGUCGGACGGAUCUAUCUUCCCACCGCACAUCACCAGAAACGACACAAUAUUUGUUUACGAUAAGGAUUUAUGCAGACUUUUGCCUCUUAGAUAUCUAAAAGAUGUAGAAUCAGCUGCAGGUAUCCAAGGCUUCAGAUUCACUCCCCCUGAGGAUGUUUUCGCCAGCGGUGAGCACAACAAGUGCUACUGUCCCGCGGGACCCCCCUGCGCGCCGAACGGCCUGUUCAAUGUUUCUCUAUGUCAAUAUGAUUCGCCAAUAAUGCUAUCGUUCCCGCACUUCUAUUUGGCUGAUGAGGAUCUUCGCACGGCGGUGGAGGGCAUCUCACCUCCAGACCCUGAAGCACACAGACUGUUCAUCGAUAUCCAACCAGAAAUGGGUACAGCGAUGCGGGCUCGAGCCAGGAUUCAAAUUAACUUGGCUGUAUCUCAAGUAGUUGAUAUCAAGCAAGUAGCGAACUUCCCAGACAUCGUCUUCCCCAUACUGUGGUUUGAGGAGGGUAUCGACGAAUUACCAGAAGCAAUCUCGUCCAUGUUGCGUCUCGCGACCAAAGUGCCGCCGGUCGCGCGCGCCGCGCUCGGCUGGGGGCUGUCGGCGCUCGGCAUACUGCUUAUUCUGCUAGCUGUUACUUGUCUCAUUAGAUCAUCUCAUCGCCAAAGCACUCUUAGGCUAGAGGGCCACGCGGUUGCAAAACCACCGCCCACCAAAACACCCAGCAAAGAGAACGGCUAUGAACUCAACAACAGGAGA